GUAAGAACCUUACUACCAGUGGUCUUUCCCCGUGAAGAGGAGGAAGGUGAGGUCGCCGGGCGCCCACCAUUGCCGUCGCGUGGCGAGGCAUGAAGAUCCUAGUGGCGGUGAAGCGGGUGGUGGACUACGCCGUCAAGGUGCGGGUGAGGCCCGACCGGACGGGCGUCGAGACGGCGAGCGUCAAGAUGUCCAUGAACCCAUUCUGCGAGAUCGCCGUCGAGGAGGCGCUCCGCCUCCGCGAGUCCGGCGCCGCCACCGAGGUCGUCGCCGCCACCGUCGGCCCCUCCCAGUCCGCCGACACCCUCCGCACCGCGCUCGCCAUGGGCGCCGACCGCGCCGUCCACGUCCUCCACGACCCCGACCCCUCCCGCCCCCUCCUCCCCCUCGCCGUCGCCAAGAUCCUCCGCGCCCUCGCGCUCCAGGAGAACCCCGGCCUCGUCAUCCUCGGCAAGCAGGCAAUUGAUGAUGAUUGCAACCAAACAGGACAAAUGCUAGCUGGGUUGCUUAAUUGGCCACAAGGAACCUUUGCCUCAAAGGUUAUAUUGAACAAGGAAAAGGCUACUGUGGAGAGAGAGGUCGAUGGCGGAAUCGAGACCAUUAGCUUGGAUUUGCCUGCAGUUAUCACCACGGAUUUGAGACUGAACCAACCAAGGUAUGCAACAUUGCCAAACAUAAUGAAGGCAAAAUCAAAAGUCAUCAAGAAAGUCACCCCCGAAGAUCUGGAUGUAGAUAUCAGAUCAGACAUGGAAGUAGUUGAGGUCACUGAACCACCUAAGAGAAAAGCCGGUGUCAUUCUUUCAUCCGUCGAUGAGCUCGUUGACAGGUUGAAAAAUGAAGCCCGUGUUUUAUAACAUUCUUUGUACUAAUGCUCAUGAGCUAAGGAAUGUGGCAUAUGCAAAUAAAGUGUAGUUAUAAAUGGUCAUCGUAUGCAAAUAAAAAUGUGGCGUUCCCGUAUAGCACCAGUAUACCUGCUAAUGGUCAUCGAAAUGCUAGUGUGUGUGUGUGAUUUUAAGAAGCCAUGUAAGCAGAAGUGUUCACUAAAAUCAAUCAAUCUUUACUCAUUCAGAAAAAAAGAUAAUUCUAUUUAUAGAAA